UCCGACAAGAACCACCGGGGUUUCUGUGUCACAAUCGUCCCCCCGUGUUUCGGCCGGGGCUGUUCGAGCGCCGGGGGCGAUGAGCGGCAGGUGUAUUUUAUUCGGCAGAUGUACAGUAAACGCAUUACAGCAGAUUAGCUGGAUUUCUUCCUUUAAAUGUACACUGCGAGAUCCAAGUUGCCAGCCAGCUGUUUCUUAUCGGCCCGUGUAAUCUCCCCGAGCCCGGCUUUGCCUCUUUCUCCCGCAGCUAUUUCUGUAGCGGGUCGGGCGAGCGAGAGCGCCGCUAUGAAUUUUAAUGUUUCCACUGGGGAAUCCCUCCCGCCUCCUCUUUUUGGAUGAGAUCCUCGAGGAAGGACCCAGAACACAGCGAGGAGGCGGAGGAGGAAGAGGAGGAGAGGGCCGGCGUAGCCGCGAUACUGGGGGGAGCCGCGGGGUGUGAUCAGGGGCCGUGGCGAGGCGGGCAGGGGUGGGAGCCAUGGGCAGGGAAGGAUGGCUCGGGGCGUGUGUCGCUGCCUGACCGCGGCACGGCAGCAGCGGCAGCAGCCGGAGCAGCGCGGCCCCGCCGCCGCCCCCGCACAGAUGCACCCGCCGGCAUCCCCCGGGGCCGGCCGCGACCUGCACAGCGCCGAGGCGAUCCCGCCGGCUCCGGGCGACGGGCAGAGCCCGCGGACCGGGCGCUGAAGCCGCCUCGCCACCCGCACGAGAGGAGGAGCCGCGGGUGCCGCGCCAGCCGCCGGCCCCGCCGCCGCUCCCGCCGGCGCCCCAUGGAUAAGGCGGGCUCCCUGCACAGCUCGGUGCCCGCGCCGCCGCCCCGGCUCUACCUGCCGCGCAACUUCAGCUGCAGCGCCUGCCUCUAUGGCAGCCUGGCCGAGCAGUGCAGGGCGGGCUGCAGCCCCGACGGCGACGCCGCGCCCACGCCCGUGGUGCGGGAGGCGGCGGGCGAGAAGCCGCCGCAGACGCGGGGCCGGGAGCCCACGCUGCCCGCCGUGCCCCCCAGCCCCACGCAGCGCCGCCGCGCCAAGUCGCUGCCCACGCCCGGCGACCGCAGCCUGCGCCCCGCGCUGCAGCACAGCCCGUCGCGCCGCAAGACCGUGCGGUUCGCCGACUCCCUGGGGCUGGAGCUCACCUCCGUGCACCUCUUCUGCGAGGCCGACCUGCCGCGGGUGCCGCUGCCCGCGCCGCCCACGCCGCGCCCCGCAGACCUGCUCAAGACCAGGAAGCCGCCGGCCCUGGGCGACCUGGAGCCGGUGCUGUUCGGGCCGCCGCCGCCGCUGCUGGAGCCGCUGUUCCCGCCGCAGCCCGGAGCCAGCCCGGGCUUCGUGGAGCGGGUGCGGCAGCACAAGGUGAGGCUGGAGUGGGUGCGGGCAGAGCCCGCGGGGCUGCGCGGAGCCGUGCGCGUCCUCAACCUCGCCUACGAGAAGGUGGUGUCGGUGCGGUACACGCUCAAUGGCUGGGCCAGCUGCGCGGAGGCUCCCGCCGCGUACCAGCCGCCCGGGCCGCCCGACGGCAUCACCGACCGCUUCGCCUUCCUGCUGCCCCUGGGCGCUGCCGCCGCCGCCGAGGCCACGCUCGAGUUCGCCGUCCGGUACCGCGUGGCCGGGGCCGAGUACUGGGACAACAACGAGGGCAAGAACUACCGGCUGCGGGCCCGGCAGCGCCUCCCGCCCGGCACCGGCCUCCCGCAGGACCCCGACAGCUCUGCCUGGAUCCACUUCAUCUGAGCCGGGGGCCCGGGCGGAUUCCCCCGCCCGGAGGCUGCCCCGCCGCCUCCCCGAGAGCCGCCGGGAGGGCUUUUCCCGAGUCCUGUUCCCAGCGGGGUGAUUUGGCUUUCCGGGGUCGCUGGCGAUGCCGGGGGACCCUCGCUCGCCUCACGGGGGGUCGGGCGCGGGUUCCCCUCAGUUCGCCGGGCGCUGUGGCGGCCACCAAAGCAGCGUCUGCCGGGGGGGGCUCGGGGGAUGGGCGGGAUUGACCGGCCGGGACCGGGAUCCAUGGAUGCACAUGCUUCCAGGUGCCGGAGGGGCUGCUGUCGCCUCAGCAGGUGACACGGAGGGCAGGGUCACAGGGCAUCCCUCCAGCCGUCCCAUUUGCCUAAUCCUGCUCAAGCAAAGCCCGGCUCGGCGAGGGGCUGGAUCCGCGCUCACCCUCUCGUGUGAGUUUGGGGUUAAGGGCCUCAUAGUGGAGGACUGAGGGACAGAUUAGUUUGCAACCCAAAAGGACAAGAGCAGGGAUGCCCCAAGGUGUAGCUGUGUUUCAUCAUGCUGUAAAAAUGUUUGGUUUAAAGCAAAGAUUUAUUUUUUUUUUCAAUUUUGAACCCUAUUUCGUGUGUUUAAACAUACUUAGAAAGCAAAAAAAAAAGAGUCACAGCCUAAUUGAAAUGCAAUUCACGGAGAGAUUUUAAAAAGAAAGUGUUUUGGCUUAGGAUCGUGUGGUAUGUUGGUGGAAGGGGUUGGCAGGGUCUGGUGUUUGUUUCUGUAGGAUUGGGCCCGUAAGGCUGCUUGUGUUCAGGUCAGCAGGAAAGUCAUGGGAUUGCACUGAGGGAACUAGAGACAGCAAGAGUUAAAUCCAUAAUUCUGGUCUGCAUCACAAGCAACACUUUCAUUUUUAUUCCUGUUGACAGUUUAACUUAAUUUCUUAAGGUGUGUCAGGGCAGGAACCUCCUUUCUGAAAAAUUAAGUGCUCCAAAUUUUUCCUAAUAAUUUCAGUAAGCAACAGAUUUCACAAAUCUGGCAAAGUUUAGUCAGACAAAUUGAAGAAAGUUGCACCUUGCCGUAUGAAAAUACAUCAAUAGAAAUCAUGGAGUAUGCUGACUUCUGCCUUCAAAGGUAUGUUUUAAAUAUGUUUUUAAAUUCUAUUAGCAGUAAACAUAGCAUUUUCCUUUUAAAACUCAGAUUUUCAGGAGUUCAGCUGAGUACAGGUUGUGCUGGUGCCAAAUCUGGGUGCUCAUUUUCCAGGACCGAGGGGGGUGUGUGUUUGCAGGAGAGGGACCUCUGCAAAUACAACUUCUGAGAGUGGCAAAACCAAUGUCAGCGUGAUCUGCUGGUUAUGAAGGGCUGUAAGGUCAGGCCUUUGAGGUUUUGGACCUUCUGUACAUUGUUAAUGAAUGAAAUGUGAUUUUUAUCUUCAUUUUUAUGUUCCUUGAAAGAGUUAAGUGUCCCAAGCAGCUUGAGUAAUGUCUGGAGUAAUGAGUUCUCACAGAACCUUUUGACUUCGGUGGGAAUUGAGAGUACUUUUGUCUCCUGAGGGUUGGGUUCAGUCAGAAUAAUUAAACUUCGAAAUUCUGGGGGAAAAAGAGGUCUGGAAAGUUGAUGGGAAAAGAGUAUUUAAUUUAAUUUCUCUGGAUCACUGUAUCUGAUUUAAUGGAAGUAAUAACAGGACUGCUUUCUGUAGUACUGGUAACUUGGUUUUAAUUUCCCAGGCAGUUUUCUAAUCCUUGUGUUUUUAAUAAAACAGAAUAUAAGAGAAAUGUACUGUCAGCAUCUCCUGAGGAUUUCCACAUUUUAGAAUAUUAAGGUCCCCAUCUUGUAAUACAGUAAUCCUAUAAGUUGCUAGAACAUGGAUAUAAAGCUAGAAUUGCACAAGUAGGGUCUUAAAAUGCUCAUGAUUAAAGCAUAUGAAGUGGUGUAUUUGAUUAAAAAAAGCCCAAGUGUCUUUUAGUUGAAAUUAUAUUUUUUCAUAAGAGCCUUAAUACUGGAGAGAAGGAAAAGGACUUGUCUCCAUUUGAAAGCACUUUGAAAUCUGUAGAAAUACAGCAAGACAUCUUUUAUUUAUGUGUUAGAGCUUUCCAAAGCACUUUUUGCUUGGCCUUUUUCACCCAAAGAGUGAACCAAUAGCUGGAUGGUUGGAAAGACUAAAAUGCUUGGAGAAAAAAGUAGUUUCUGUGCAUUUUAGGUCAACUGAUGCUGCAAGUUUGCUCAUGAAGUUCUAACAAGAUUCCUGUUUACUGUUUCAAUGGCUUUAGAAACACAAACAGGGCUAAAACCAUUUUUAACAGUGAAUAAUUCCAGAACUCCAGUUUAUUAUUUUCCAGUGAGUGGCAGUUUUCAUUGUCAUUUGAUUUAUGCAGCAUCUAUCUAUCUCUAAAAAUUCUCUAAAGGUCUCUAAAAAGUUUUUAAAAUCUCCUUCUAACACCUGUGGCUUAAACUCUUUCAACUUGGGAUACCCAAGUGGAUUACAUGCACCAAGUACACUGGGAGGUUGUUGUGCUACCCUUUAUUUUUUAUCACGAUUUAGGUGAAAUUACUGUUGCUCCUGGUUGAAAUUUUGCAGUCAGAAUUGGGCUGUGGCUUUACAAUACUGUUCAAAGGUCACUGUUCUUUUAUUUAUGGCUGCCUUUGCCACAGACAGAUCUGAAUAUUAAAACUUCUGGGGCUGUGGAACACCAGAAGAAUGUCCUGUGAAACAGUUCUCCUGAGCUUUCAAGCAGUUCAGCCUGACCUAAACGUGAAUUUUGUGAGUAAUUUCAGGGGCUUGGACUUGAUCCCAGAUUAUGGAUAACAUACAUGGAAGUCCAGUAACAGACAUGCCCCUUCUAGAAGCAUUUAGGAACAGCUCCUUUUCCAAGCUGGAAAGGUGAGGCUGCACCAGCAGCUUUGACUGGAGGAUGCUCUUGAUGAGCUCUGUGGAAGAAGAUUGAGGUGUUUUAAUAGAAAUUAUCAGUGGUAUAUGCCAAAGUUGCACCUCUUCAAUUACACAUUUGCUGUUCUAUCACAUGAAUUUAUUUCCAAGCAAGACCCACUCAGAUUUCCAACCACAUGUUUUGGUUGCCCUGGCCAUGAGUGUUUUGUCCCUUGGCAACAUUCCUGUAGCUUCCAGUCCCUUAGAUUUCAACCUGAUGCCAUCUAUGUGUGGCUUGCUGGAAGCAUGGUGAUAAAUGGAGAUGAAAUGAAAAUAUCAAAUGGUAUUUAUAUAAUAUUUACAUAAACUUUGAGGAGAAAAAACCACAUUUUUAACCAUUUUUAAGUUGGCAGGACACCCAUCCUUUUAAUGGGAGGACGAGCAAAACUGCUUUUUAAAAUCAUAUUUCUGAAGAACGUUGUUCAGCAGAAAGAACUUUCACAAGCAAAGUAAAAUAUUUGAAGAUUUUUCAAGCCAACCUUCUGCUGGAAACAUGUCACCUCUUUGUAUUUUUAUUUGCAUGGAUGGAGCUCAUGGCACCUCCCUUUCCAAGUGAUUGCAGAGUGGUUUAGGCAAGGCCAUGAUCCUUGGGUCCUGUGCUUCACUCUGAAGUGAAUUAUUCACUGCUUAUAUUUCUGCAGAUGUAAAAGUGUGUCUGACAUUUCUGGUGCAAAGCUGUAGCUUUAUGGGACGUGCCAUGUUAUUGUAUGUGCACUAUAAUGUUAAUUUAUACAGCCAGUCAAGUUGUACUGUAUGUCUGACAGGGAUGUUUGCUGCUUCCCACUUGAACUGGCAGGUUUUUGCAUGUGAUUCCAUGCCUUUCAUGGCACUAUUUUGGAAAUUUACCCUAAUUAUUAGAGAGCCUAAAAGGACUCAGAACUACUGACUGUAAAUGGAAUUUCAGCUAGCUAAGCAUAUUAUUUAUGAGCAUAAAACUGAAACUGUCCUACUUGUUUUCAAUAAGUGCACACGAUUUCAGGUAAAUUAAUUUUUUUUUUUAACCUUUUACCACUUGCUAGCAACUUUUUGCUGUGAAUGUGUGUGCCUCAGAAUAUCAGAAAGCAACAGAAUAAGUGCACACUCUGUUGUUUCAGCAGAUGUGAGGGGAAAAUGGAUCACUUGAAUGAACAGAUGUCUGCUCAUGCAGAAGCAUCACCCCUUUACAGAGACAUGAAAUGUUUUUCCAUAGAGCCAACAGGCAAGCAGCUGCUAAUUUUAAUAAAAAGUAGCCCUACAGAAAUAGUCAGAAUCUGAUAUUUAACAUAUUAUUGAGUAUAUAUUAAAAUUUUUACGUGCCUUUCAGCAUUUCCUAGGAAGAAAUCUCCCGUGUUCCUUAGCUCUCCCACCAGAAGUCCAAUAAAGACUUUGUCAUUAAAAUGAAAUUUAUACUAAAAUAUAAUAAUCUCUUCUAAUUCCUGACACAUUCUCAGCUGUGCCAGACAUCCUGAAUCUGUAGCAGCAGGAAGAAUUUGAUUAUGUUUUCCCAUAUUACAACGAAAGAAAUGUCAGUCAGAAAUAUGUCUUCCUGAUACACCUCUACAAUUGUGUAGUUAAUUUAAAAAAAAAAAUCUGUGACUAUAGUUGAUAUAACAAGAUAUAUUUAUUGUAUAUAUUCACCUCUUGCACAGAUAUUCUAAAUAUAUAUUCUGUCUGAAACCAGAAGUUCUAGUUUUUUAUGAAAUCUGUUUGUGGAGACGUGGUCUCUUCAGCUCUUACUGUUAUUUAUCUGAUGCUGCAUAAUGAGUAUCAUUAAAACUUUGGGAUGGAUUUUAUCUGUCUGCAGACGUCAUAUCAUGACAUUAAAGUGCUCACUGCAGGGAGGAGCUGAAGAAAAUUACUUUUACCUUCCAGUUCCACUGCAUGGCUUUUUGGGAAAUCCUCAGUGCACGUGUUUGGAGAGGAUGGAAGGAUUAUUGAAUGACUGAAACUCUUUUUUGAGCACUGAAAUGAAGGUUUCUCCAUCAUAAAUAGUUUAAGGCAAGAAGUAAAUGUAGUCAAUGUUGUUGUAAAAUGAAUCCCUCAGCCUUAUGUGGAGCUGGUCAGUGUUUUGUUUGGAAGGGAAGGUGAACAUGAAACAUGUUCAGGGAAACACACCUGUUUCAAAGGAAGGUUUUUCUCAGGUUCAGCUUAUUAGAGAGAAUUGCCCCAAAAUAAAUAAGAUUACAUCCCUGUACGGACUUGAAUGUAGGUCUUCCAUGAUCAGAGUGGAUGCUGAGCUAUAAAACCAUUGGCUAUUGCUUGGAUUCUUUCUUUAUCCAACCUAUAAAUAUGACUUUUUACUUUACAGAGAGGAGUUUUGACCCUGAGUUUCCCCAUCUCACGGGAAUAUCCUCUUCAUUCAGCUCUACCAUUGAGAGAGGUCUGAUUUUAAUUUUAUGCCACAUGAGAAGAUUAUUUUCCAUUAUAUUUUUGGAGGGGAAGGCAGGAAAACUGUUUUCCUUGAGGUUUUAGUUUUAUAACAUGAAACAGUAGCAUGCAGCCUGAAAAUUGCUUGAAAUAACAUAUGCACUAGUGAUUCCAAAGAAUAUAGCUAAGAGAAAUGUCCAGUGUGAGAUGUGCUUUUUUAAAAACAUAUGUGCUUUGGUCUAGUAAGGCAGGGAGAAAGUCCUAGUCUCCAGUGCAAGUGUAUUAAUGCCAGGGAUUUCUUUCUAUGCAAUUCUAUGGUGCACCUGGGUUUUUUUAGGGGUUAACUUGACUGGUGUAGUUGAUGUUAUCAGUGUGUCGUGUAUAGAAUAUUCUGUUAAAAGUGACAUUAAGGAAAUUGUGUGUCUUAAAUGGUGUUAUAACUUUAGGCUCUUUUUUUUUUUUUUUGUCCGAUCUGACUUCACUAAAUCAUAAUAAUGCUCCUCUUUAAAAGUACCAAGACAAUAUUUCAUCAAACUGCAUAACCAAGGCUCACACAUUACACUUUAAACCACCUUCUAGGACAAAAUGCUGUGUUAUUGUUGUGAGUUUUAAACAUUUUUUUGUAUUUCUCUAUCUUAAAAAAGCCAAAUUGUAUUAUCCUUUUAAACUCAAGGAGCUAAUGUGUACGUUUUUAAAGCUGAUCAAAAGCAGUAAAACUGAACUUGGUUGGGAUUACUCAUAAAUCCAGUUUCUAAACUGUGGCACAACCUGUCCUGACUCCAGGGAGGUGCACCCAGAUGUGAAGUUCAGGUAUUUUAAGGUUGAUCCAAGCUGAGCUCUGCCUGGCUGCAAAACCUGCCAACAUCUGGACAUGAAUCCAUGUUGUAACCCAGGAAAAUUCUGCUGUGACAGAGAAUUAGAGUUCUUGGAAUGGUUUGAACAAACCUAACUCCUCCCUUGUAGUGUCACACCAACGAUUUCUCUCUGUAAUGGAGAUUCUGUCCUGUUGAGGGGAGUGUUCUUUGACAUGCAAGUUUUUAAUGCUGUUUCUUUGAUUUAACUUUGUUU